AGUCAACCAUGGUCACACGCUGAACAAUCUCCUCUCUCCCAAAUGUCAACCACCAUCGCUUUGUUACUUGUUCACCUCCACCUACUCCUGUGCGGCCAUGGCGCCGCCGCCGUCGCAGCAACGGCGACACCGCCGCCUCUCCCGGUUCUGCCCGUCCCUUCCUACGCGCAGCUCCAGUGGCAGCUCUCCGAGAUGGCCCUCUUCAUCCACUUCGGGCCGAACACCUUCACGGACUCCGAGUGGGGCUCCGGCCACGCCGACCCCGCCGUGUUCGCGCCGUCCGCGCUCGACGCCGGCCAGUGGGCGCGCGUCGCGGCGGAGGGAGGGUUCGGCCGCGUGGUGCUCACGGCCAAGCACCACGACGGGUUCUGCCUCUGGCCGUCGGCGCUGACGGACUACUCGGUGGCCGCCUCGCCGUGGCGGGGUGGGGCGGGGGACGUCGUCGGCGAGCUCUCGGCCGCCGCGCGCGCGGAGGGGAUCGGGCUGGGGCUGUACCUGUCGCCGUGGGACCGCCACGAGCCUGUGUACGGCGACACCGUCGCAUACAAUGAACACUACAUGGGCCAAAUGACGGAAUUGCUCACCAGGUAUGGAGAUGUGGAGGAAGUUUGGCUUGAUGGUGCAAAGGGCGACGACACGUACAUGGAUUACAUGUUUGAUGCCUGGUUUGCGCUUAUCCAUCAGCUCCAGCGAAGGGUGGUCAUCUUCUCAGAUGCUGGACCAGAUACUAGAUGGGUAGGAGACGAGGCGGGGAUUGCGGGCCGUACUUGCUGGUCUCCUUUCAACAAGACCGUCGUGACAAUUGGGCACAUCAUUCCUGAAUACUCACAAAGUGGGGAUCAAUUUGGUGAAGAAUGGGUUCCUGCAGAAUGUGAUGUUUCCAUCAGGCCAGGGUGGUUCUGGCAUGCCUCAGAGAAACCAAAAAGUGCUGUAACCCUGCUUGACAUAUACUACAAAUCAGUUGGUAGAAAUUGUCUCCUCAUAUUGAAUGUUCCUCCCAAUUCAUCCGGGCUUAUUUCCGAUGAAGAUAUGCAAGUCCUUCAGGAAUUCACCGAGAUCCGACGGACGAUCUUCUCUCACAACUUUGCUGCCAAUGCGACUGGCACAGCAAGCAGUGUGCGUGGUGGGUUGGAGAACCUGCAGUUUGCGCCCUCCAACACCCUCCGAGAUAGCAUAUACUCCUACUGGGCACCACAGGAAGGGCAGACAAGCUGGGAAAUGCUCUUCGACCUCGGGCGAUCCACUUCCUUCAACUUGCUCCAGCUCCAGGAGCCUAUCCAGAUGGGACAGCGUGUGAUCGAGUUCCAUGUGGAUGUCCUACUGGGUGGACUGUGGCAAACAAUUCUUGAAGGCACGACAAUUGGGUACAAGAGGCUGCUCCGGUUCCCCGCCGUCGACGCCCGGUACCUGAAGCUAUAUGUCGACAGUGCACGCGCAGACCCACUGAUUGCAUUCGUUGGUGUUUUCAUGGAUCCCUUCUCGGAUGCAUAUGGGUUAGACCAUGAGAAGCCAUCCCAUACUAAUAGCAGUGAAGUCAUAAUGUUAAGGAGAGGCCACGCUGCUGGCAACAGGAGUACUGCUACGAUGUAAGCCCGAGCGCAGUUUGUGAAGUGCCACUUGAGAUUUCCCAGUGUCAUGUUUCAUCAUCAUCUGGCCUUGUUUUGGGAUCAACUUGGUGUUCGUGUAUAUCUUACGAUUCGAUUGAAGACGAAGCGCAUGGUGUUCGACGGUAAAGCGGUAUGUGUGCACAUAUUUUCCGUCAGUAUGGAUUGUUCCUUGAAGCAUUCUGAAGUACAGUAACAAAUUUAGUUUCUGCAACCAAGCAUGGUUGAUCAUCCUUUGUACUUUCCCAGGCCAGUUCUUGUUCUGAAAAAUUCGCUGAAGAAUGGUGUGAUCAGAAACCUUGUACACUGUUCUUGAAUAAUGUGAUUUUUAUUUUGAAUGCA